GUGUCUGACAAACACUUAGCCGCGAUGCUAACAACAUGAGAAGCUCAUGCUGCGUUAGUUGACGUUGUUCUGCUAUCUUUCCGCAGAUUUAUCGUCGCAAUAGUUUAAUAUACACCUUUCCUUCAUAUCGCUGACUAGGAAUAUACUUAGCUGUUCUUGUAUUGCGUUCAUUAUACGGGGAUAAGGAUGAUUGAGCCUGAGCUCCUCACCGAGGUCCCGGCGGCGCUCAAGCGACUCGCCAAGCAGGUGGUCAGGGGGUUCUACGGAAUCGAACACGCUCUGGCCUUGGAUGUCCUCAUUCGCAACCCCUGCGUCCGAGAAGAGGACAUGCUGGAGCUGCUCAAGUUUGACCGCAAACAGCUGCGCUCAGUCCUCAACACGCUCAAAGCCGACAAGUUUGUCAAGUGUCGCAUGCGAGUGGAGACCGCCCCCGAUGGCAAAACCACACGUCACAACUACUAUUUCAUCAACUACAGGGUCCUGGUCAAUGUGGUGAAGUACAAAUUGGACCACAUGCGGAGGCGCAUUGAGACAGAUGAGCGGGACUCCACGAACCGCGCCUCCUUCCGGUGCCCCUGCUGCUUUUCCACCUUCACUGAUCUUGAGGCAAACCAACUGUUUGACUUUAUGACAGGUAAAUUUCGCUGCACCUUCUGUCAGACUGAGGUAGAGGAGGAUGAAUCUGUGUGUCCUGAAGCGAGGACGCCGGUGGCCCGAUUCAAUGAGCAAAUUGAACCAAUCUAUGCUCUGCUGCGUGAAACAGAGGACGUCAACUUAUCCCAUGACCUUCUUGAGCCAGAGCCAUCGGAGAUCCCGGCUCUCAAACAAAGCCGCGAUCGUGCUGCCGCGUCUGCAGUCAAUGCGUCCGGUCAACACCGCGAAGUUUGGUCCAACAAAGGUUCCUAUGCCGACCUGUACACCCAAAAUGUUGUCAUCAACAUGGAGGAGCAAGAUGAGCAACAAAAGCGGGCCUCUGAGGGCAAAGAGGCGAAGGAGAGGCCGGUGUGGUUGACUCAGAGCACGGUGCCAGGGGCGUACACCGAUUCUGAGAACAAGAACCAUGGGGAUCUGGCAUCAGGAGCGCAAGAUGGAGCAAGUGGCCGGGGAAGCGGUCAGGCAGAUGAAAAUGAGGAGGUCAUGCGUGCGCUGCUCAUCCACGAGAAGAGGAGUGUGGCAGCGGCAGGGGGAGCUGCAGGUGGAGCCGCAGCCCGCGGGCUCGCUUCCGCCGCCGCUAAUGCCAGUGACUCAGACAGCGACACCAGCGAAUCAGAUGACGAGUCUCCCUCCGCCCCUCCCGCUCGUACGGCUUCUCAGCUGAAGCAGGCGGAGGAGGACGACGACGACGAUGAGUUUGAGGAAGUGGGUGAUGAGCCCAUGGUGAUGGUGGGAGGUCGGCAGUAUUCGUACCGAGAAGUCAGCCAACGGCCCGAACUAGUCAAGCAGAUGACCCCGCAGGAGACGGAAGCCUACAUUGAAAUGGGACAAACGCUCUUCCAGGACAUGUAUUUCUAAAUGUUGUCUAUUUUUUUUCAGCUUUGUAUGAAGCGACUCCUUUCAUUUCACAUAACAUUUGCUCACAAAAUAAAA